AUGUCUAGAGAGAAGCGACCCGCCAACGAGGCAUUUGGCACAAGCCAGCUGGUCAAGCGCACAAAGUCGGAUGCCAAUCUUGGGGGAAGCUCUGCAGUAGCUGUAGUCAGCGGCUCGGGCGCAAAUGGCGCGCUCAUACAGGCGGGUUCGCGCUCGAGCGCACUGCAAUCGCCAGUUAUGGAGUUGACGGGCCACUCUGGGGAGGUAUUUGCAGCACGAUUCGACCCGACUGGACAAUACAUAGCAUCUGGCUCCAUGGAUCGCUCUAUACUACUUUGGCGCAGCUCCGGGUCUUGCGAAAACUACGGAAUCCUCACUGGCCACAAGCAGGCGGUACUCGACCUACACUGGUCGCGCGACUCCAAAGUCCUCUUCUCCGCCUCAGCAGACAUGCACCUCGCAAGUUGGGACGUUGAGACUGGGGAGAGGAUACGAAGACAUCCGGGUCACGAGGAGGUUAUCAACUGCAUGGACGUGAGCAAGCGCGGAGAGGAGAUGCUUGUGAGCGGUUCCGACGACGGCCAUAUUGGGAUGUGGGACACAAGAAGCAAAGAUGCCGUGACGUUUAUCCCGACCGACUUCCCCAUCACGGCGAUAUGUCUGGCCGAAGCUGGCAACGAACUGUUCACCGGAGGCAUUGACAACGACAUCAAAGUGUGGGACCUGCGGAAACAGGCGGUGACAUACACGUUGAUUGGCCACACAGACACGGUCACUUCGCUUCAGAUGUCCCCGGACAACCAGACUCUACUAUCUAACGCACACGACUCGACCGUCAGGACAUGGGAUGUGCGGCCGUUUGCGCCGGCCGACCGACACGUGCAAACAUACGACGGAGCGCCGACGGGCCAAGAACGCAACCUUUUGAAGGCCUGCUGGGAUGUCAAGGGCGACAGGAUUGCAGCUGGCAGCGGCGACCAGAGCGUAGCCGUGUGGGAGACGCGAUCGGGAAAGCUGCUGCACAAGCUGCCGGGGCACCGAGGAGCCGUCAAUGACGUUCGCUUCCACCCGCUAGGCGAGCCUAUUUUCGUCUCGGGUGCGGCUGCACGUUGCGUUUAG